AUGGAAACAUCAGAUGGAUUUAUUCCUAUAGUGGCCAUAUUUUAUUCAGUAUUCCAUCCCAUAGAAGGUACUAAAAUUGUUCAUCAGUUUCCCGAAAAUUCACUUUCGACUGGACGAUCUCCAACCAGCAUCGGCGAUGGUGGAUUAUUUGAUUUUGACACCAUAAAGAAUUAUGUUAUACCGAAACCUCAAUUAUGUAACAGGCUUAUUUCAUUGAAGAUUGACAAAUAUAAGGUCAUUGGAUAUCCUGUGAAUAUGGAGAGUUCUCAUUACGCCAGAAAUUCAUUUAAUUUCAAUUUCUGCUUUGUGUUUAGGUAUGAUAUGGGAGACGUUUCUCCUUAUGAAUCAGCAAUUAAGAGAAUGGGCCAGAUGUUUCAAGUGCUAGAAGAACAAAGCUUUAUGCUAAGUAGUUUGGACAAGGACAAUUCAUUUUUCAAAGACAAAGCAAUUAAAAGUAAUAAGGCUUUAAUAUCAUCUUCUUUAUCUUCAGAUGGAACCACUAGAGAGCCCCUUGACGAGGGCGGAAAUGAAAACCAUUUUCACCCACACAAUGUUCAAAAUGGCACAUCAAUCAAUACUCCUGGUUUUGCAAAAACCAAAAAAAUUGCAUUAUCAUCUAUUGAAUCCUUGAUUCAGCAGAUAUACCAAGACUUGAAUAACUAUUCAGAAUGUUGCAUACCAUUGGAUACUUCAAAUUCUGUGGAUAUCAAGCUAUUUCCUAUAUUGCCACCUCCAAUAAAUAUAAAGGCAUACCAGGUACCGAUAGCAACAGUGAGAUUGAAUUCGCUAGUUGAUGUUAAUUGGGACCCAACGAUGAUCAAAAUACUACCGUACAUUAAUGGGUUAAAUUCUGUGAAGAAGAUAAGCGAGCUAGCUGAUGCAAACUACUUGUUAACAAAACAAUGCAUACAACAUUUGAUGCAUUACAAAUGUAUUGAAGUGAUUGACAUUUUCCAAUUUGGUAAUAUAUAUGCUCCAACUAACCACAUUGGGGAAUUUUUAAAGCAUGACGGGAAAAUGGCGGAAGAAUGUCAAGCUUACGUGGUCUCCGCUGAUUUCAGUAUGGAUAACACCUCAUAUGUGAACACACCUACUCAAAUGCACUUGCCCUACCCUGGAAGUGAUGCACAUUCACCGACAUAUAACUAUCGUUCCUCAUAUGGCACUUCGUCUGUUUCUCCAUACACAAAGUAUAGUUUUUUGUCAAGGUCACCGAAAAAUCCUAUGGUCAAUGGAUCUGAUGUCAAAGUUCCUACAAAGACUACAUUGUUUUACUUAUACAGAUCGCUUAAUCAAGGUCAAACCGUUAAGGAAUGGUACAUGCAACAUAAAAAAAUAUUGGGAAAUAUUGACAUUAGACGUUUUAUCAAUUUUGGAGUUUUACGGGGAAUAAUUUACAGAGUGUACACUUAUCCUUUACUCAAUUCAUUUACUGGAGCAAUAGAACGAAACGAUACUGAACAGUACGAUGAAUUGUUAAGCAAUCUCAAAAAGAAAAAACCCAAGAGAAUUGUUUCGAUUGGUCGCAAUGAAAAUUUGUUAAAAACAAAAGUUAACGAGCAAACUCUCAGAACCGACGUUAAAAGAAAAGUAAGUUUUGCUUAUAGCCAAAGUGACAAACAUGAUUUACGAAGAUUCUCUACAAAUGAUGUGAUCUUAGAGAAUGAUAGCAGUGAUUACGACGACGACGACGAUGAUGAUGAUGAUGACAGCAGUGAUGAAGGUUUUAAUGGGAAUGGCCAUAUUAUACACAAUAGGACUCCAAUAUCAGAACGAACAGCCCGAGUAUCUUCAUCUUCUUAUUAUAGUGAUAUCGAGGAAGAUGCAGUAAAUGAAGAAGAAUACAAAAUCAAGGCAAACCUAUUAAAAAUGCUAAAGGGAUUCCAAUCGUUUGAUUCAAUUUGUACUGAAUUGAAUAAGUCAAGAACUGAAGUUGAACAAUUGAUUGAAAGUUUUGGUGCUGUAAAUAUUGUCAACAGUUAA